AUGGAGCUGAGUGUGAAAACGUAUAUUUACCUACACAACAUCCUAGUCUUUCUGGCAAGUUAUCUUGGACGGACCUUACCUUUAAACUUAGAUGGGUCUCCUGGAUCCUACGUCUUGUACCCUGCCUGGGAACCAUGUCUAAACGGGUCAUUCGCCUUCGAGUUUAAGACUGAAGAGCAACAUUCGCUGUUGUUGUACCUCAACCGGGGACAGUACUUUUUCUUUGAAGUGAGGCUGUUCAAAGGAAGGAUCGGGCUUCGUGUCAACAUGGGAGAAGGAACCAUGUUUAUUCGAGCAGGUGAAUCCUUGAAUGACGGCAAGUGGCAUACAGUAGAGGUGCGACAGGACGGGGGUGUCACCUACCUCAAAGUUGAUGGUGUGGAGUACAGCAAGCAGUACCCCGGGGUUCUCCAGAACUACGCACCUCUCUCCAGCAACGACACGUUCCUCUUCAUCGGAGGCCUUCCCAUGGAGUACGAAAGUAAGAAGUUCAAAUCCCUAGCUCUGCCGUCUGUGAUAUUUGAGCCCAGGUUCCGAGGCUCUAUAAGGAACUUUUUUUACAGAAAUUGCGGCGGAGAGCCCACCCGACCCACCCCGUUGGAAUCCAGCGGCAUCUUAUCAAAGGAUAUAGAUUUGUGUGAAAGGGGAAAUCCGUGUUUAAACGGUGGUCGCUGUUUGACUACAGACAAUGGACUAUUCUGUGACUGUACCGACACUGAAUACAAGGGGGACCGCUGCGAUCUCC